CAACUGAAGCUAGCCUAGGGCACAGCACUUCGCCCUAAUGUGGCUCAUUGUCCUUGACGAUACUUGGACUUGUCCAAUUCCCACUUCAAAUCAUACACCUACAAUACAGGAUGGAUCCUACAGCAAAUAAGUCCGCGGCUAAAAGACAGCAACGGAAGGCAGAAAGGAAGACUCGGUCGACUUUGUCAUGUGAAGCUUGCCGAAGCAGCAAGCUUAAAUGUAAUCGUGAGCAGCCCUGUCAAAACUGUACUGUCAGAGACAAGGCAGCGGCAUGUGUCUAUCGAGGAGAAGCGGCUACGCAGCAUGGGAAGCGUAAGGGAAAAACUGGUCAGGCAGAGGACAUGCAAGCGCGUAUCAACCGUCUAGAAACGCUAGUCACUACUCUAGUUGAUCAAAAUCAACAAUUAGGUGGAAAUUCAUCCUCCGGAGGGUCGGGGAAUUUACCCUUGGAACGGAUCACGCCUAGCAGUUCAGAAGCUUCUGAUAACGACAAUGACAAAACCACUCAGGAGAUUCAGCACGGCGUUGGAAUCAUGCAAGUUGAUGAGAAGCAAUCCAUAUACAAGGGUUCUACACAUUGGUAUGAUGUGCUGGAAGAAUUAAACGAGCUGAAGAGCCUUUGGGGAGAGAUGAAAGAGACUCAUGAGGUGGCUGCACUCUACAACCCAUAUGCUUCCGACGCACCAGGCUUGCUUUGUGGGAUGGCAAGUCCAGUCAGCAGAGAGGAGCUGAUCGCUACGAUUCCUCCGAAGGCUGCAUGUGACAAACUCAUGGCACGAUUCUUCGAUGACGAGAAGUCGCCUGUACCAACAUUCCAUCUUCUACACAAACCGUCUUUCAUGAGGCAGUAUGAGGAGCAUUUUGCCGAUCCUUCGAAGACCCCCGUGAUGUGGCUCGGUCUUUUCUUCUCGAUGCUAAGCCUUAUAAUGUUCUCAUACUAUUGUAACAAAGAUGAGCCUCCCGAGUAUGAAGGUACUUCAAGGUCUUUGUCUGAACUUUACAGGGUUCGGACUGCACAGUGUUUGAUGAUUGGGGAUAUUACCAAAUGUGCCCCCUUCACCUUGGAAACCUUGAUCUACAAUAGCAUGGCUGAAUGGGCUCGAAAAGCCUUCAGUGAAACGAGAGUUUGGAUGAUGGUUGGGCUAGUCGUGAGGGUUGCCUUGCAAAUGGGAUAUCACCGAGACCCUUCACAGUUCCCCGAUAUCUCCGUUUUUCAAGGAGAAAUGAGACGCCGAUUAUGGCAGUUUGUACAUCGAAUGGACUCCCUGACCUCGUUCCUUACUGGCCUACCAGGAAUGAUUCGCAACUCGGACAUUGAUACAGCUGAGCCAAUCAACAUCUAUGACUGGCAAUUAUCGGAAGACAUGACAGUACUUCCUCCUCCACAACCAGAGACUGAGCCGACUCCUGUGUCAUACCUGCUUGCAAAAGGCCGUAUUCUUCGAUGCCUAGGACUUAUCGUGGACUUCUUAAGUGCACUAGGUCAAUACCCAUACAGCGAAGUACUGAGGUUGGAUGAAGAAAUGGUGGCGUCCUUCGAAGCCACUCCACCGUACCUCAGAAUGCAAGGCACAGAAUCUGCUCAUGGUUCCGCUACCGAGUCUCUCAUCAACAGACGUGUACAGCUGGUUUUCCUCCAUCACCAAGGAAUGUGCGUGCUACAUCGCAAGUUUUUCAUUCGUGGUAGAAGCGAUCCCCGGUUUGCGCCAUCUUACAAUCGUUGUAUUAGCUCUGCUGUAGCUUUGUUGGAGUUGCAAGACUUUUUGUACACUUCUGCGAAUGCAUCAUUCUUGAUAGCAACACACUGGUAUCGAAUUUCAUACACCAGCCACGAGUUUAUACUUGCUGCCAUGAUCAUCGUCCUGGAUAUCCGACAUCGAAAGAUGGAAAGGGAUGAUGGGCUCGAUGCACAGGUGAUUUUACAGCCAGAGUGUCUGUCGGUACUUCCCAAACUGUACAAAGCAUACCAAAUAUGGAAGGAUGAAGCUAUACGAAAGCGAUCACCGGAAGCUAGUAAAGUCUCUCAAGUGCUGUCUAAUCUCUUGGGUCCACUGGGUUUCUUUGAAUACAUCAAUUCACAACCUGAAUUCGUCCCAGAGAUUCCAGAGAUGGACCCCCAACUUAUGCCGUUGGCACCCCUUGGUGGAUACGGCGUCAUGCCCGAGUCUGAAAUGAACAUCGACUGGAGCGUUUGGGACUCGUUCAUUGAAGGCACAAGUUUCGAUGAUGCAUAUGGCGAGAUGGCAUUCUGAAGAGUUGGAGCUGCUGAAGCUGUUGGAAGCACGUUGUUCCUUCUCUGAUCUGGUCAGAUCAUCCGAAGAUACAGUUGGCUUACAUGACCAUAGUACAGCAAAACUCUAUUCUCCAGUCUCUACAAUAACUUCCUUCAACUCAUCCGAAUUGCAAUGAGUGUGGCCAAAUUUUACUCCCAUGAAACGGCUUUAGAACCAGAGAGUCAAGCCAUACGUGACCUCCCUAUUGAACCCGUUGCAAACUACAUAAUUCCAGGCUGUUGAGACACCACGCGUUGUUCAAAAUGCUCAACUUGCAGACGCUCGUGAUAUCGUACUCGCGAAUCUCGCAUCAAAGUAAAUUGGAACUGUUUGGUAAAGCAGGCUACAUAUAUGAGACAAUGCGGUAUUGACACUCAAUACAGGUGCUUUCCGCUUGUAUGUUAGAUGAAAC